CGGCUACCAGCCAACGCAGAGACCAGGUAUCGAGAUGCGCGUGCUCCGGAUUACCGGAAUGGUGCUGCUUUGGGUCUGGACCGGGGUUCAAGUCGCGAAGGCCGCGUCAUGCGCUGACCAGGUGUCUCCCGGAGACAAGAGCGUCGGUAUUUCAGGUGAAGAUGCCCCCAAUUGCCCGUCCAGCGGUGGCGUGGGGUGCUUCUCUGGUACCCCAUGUCGAUUCUGCAUGACAUUCAGCACACCGCAGAGCGCGCACUUGGCCGCUUGCAAGGCGACAGCUUCAAGUGCCUCGAUAACUCCGACAGUGACUCCAUCAAUUGCUCCAACAGAGGCCCCGACUUCGACCGUGGCUCCAACAUCGGAUGACGACUGCAGUGAAGCCCUCACAGCUGCGUGAUUCGAUUGUUCCCCUCCUACACUUCUUCACUCCACUAUUUUAUGAACAUUUGAGGC